AUGUCUACGACCCACCAGCUCACCGUAACCAACAUCCCCUCAGACAUCGGCUCUCUCCUCAAGGGCAAAUCCCUCGCCCCUGAAGCCUUCAGGAAAGCCAAACUCAUCCCCAAGGUGGAGGCCGCCGGCUACAAUGUCACAGAGCAAAAUGCCCUUCCCUCUGGCCCGGCGACGUGGUCUUUCAACCCAUCGACCGCACCAAACGGCGUCCGCAACGAAGCGGCGAACGUCGAAGUAAACCAUCAAGUCAAGCGGACAAUCUUGGACGGGCUCUCGAACCAGUACUCCGACCCGCCAUUCCAACUGGUUAUAGGAGGCGAAUGCAACAACCUCCCCGCCGUCCUCUCAGCGCUCUGGCAAGGCCUUGCACCCGCACGAAUUGGUCUCAUAUACGUCGACGCUGACGCCGACCUCAGCGUCCCCGGCCCAGAGUCUUCCGGUACCCUAGCCAGCAUGACAUUCACGCACCUCACGAUGGCGCCCGGAGCACUGGAGAGUAUGCGCCCCUUCACCCGCCCAGAUGGCGAAGGAGUGGUUGAUGCGAGUAAUGUCGUGUUAUUUGGCCUCAACACCGCGCUGCAGAGCAAUACGAGAAGUCAGAUGGGUUAUCUGAUGGACGAAGGAUAUCGGGUCUUCACUUCCGCCGCGGUGGCGAAAGAUCCCAAAUCGGCGGCGAAGCAGGCGAUUCGGUUUCUUGAGAAUCGUGUGGACCACAUCUUCGUGCAUCUGGAUGUCGACGCUAUCGAUGGGACAGCGUUUCCACUUGCCAAUGUGCCGCAGCGGACGGGCGCUGGGUUUAACGAGGUCAUUAGAGCGGUGAAGGGAUUACUCAAUCAUGACAAAGUUUGUGGAUUGAUGGUUGCAGAGGUGAAUCCGGAUCAUGAUCCCGGGUUGGAGAUGACGAAUAAGCUUGUAGAUAGCUUGGUGGAAGGGUUGAGAGAGAGAUUACCAUAG